UCUCUAUUAAUCUCUGUCCUCCUCUCCUCUCCUCUCUCCCCUCUGUCUCUCUCUCUCUCUCUCUCUGGGUACCUUACCUUACUUAUAUCUAUAUGUCAGACCCUAGUUCUCCUACAAGAGAGACCCAUGUGGUCCAAUCACCGCCCGAGCUAGACCCUCCACCUCCUCCUCCACCGCCGCCGCCUCCUCCUCCACUUGCGCUACCCCCGCUGGACCCAAUCCCACAUUCUCUUCCUGCUUACGCGGGUGAAGCCCCAUCCCCUAAGGGCAAAUCCCCCUCCCCGAGGCAUCUGCAGAGGUCGUCCCCGAGGAGCAACCCGUCUGGCUCGGCCACCCCCGCCGGGAAGCACCCGUUCUACCGCGGCAUCCGCUGCCGGAGCGGCAAGUGGGUCUCGGAGAUCCGGGAGCCGCGCAAGACGACCCGGGUGUGGCUGGGCACCUACCCCGCCCCGGAGAUGGCCGCCGCCGCCUACGACGUGGCCGCCCUCGCCCUCAAAGGGGGCGACGCGGUCCUCAACUUCCCGCACCUGGUGAGCUCGUACCCGGUCCCCGCGUCCACCGCGCCCACCGACGUGCGGAGGGCCGCGGCGGCGGCGGCCGCUUCGAGGAAGGGGGAAACGAGCGGCAGCGGCAGCGGCAGCGGCGCCGGCGACGAUACCACAUUGCUAGGUCAAGAAGGCAAUGAGGGCAAGACUAGGAAAGGCCCUCAUCCCGAUCAAAGCUCGAAACCGCCGGAAGCCGAGUUCAUCGACGAAGAGGCGCUGUUCGAUAUGCCAAACCUGUUGGUGGACAUGGCGGAGGGAAUGAUGGUGUCGCCGCCAAGAAUAAGCUCGCCGCCCUCGGACGACUCGCCCGACAACUCCGACAUGGAAAGCUUAUGGAGCUACCCUUAAGAUUGUUUCCCCAGUUGCUUGUUUCCAUAUUUCUCCAAAAGGAAAAAACUUCCCCAAUCAAAUUAAACAUCUUCAAUGACACCAGAAACUUGACAGA